GGGCUUUUUGUCAAUAAUUCACAGUACUGUGAGCACUCAGGGUGCAUUCUUCUUCUUCUUCUUUGGCCCAAAACAGGCACCUGGAGGUUUCCAAACCAAAAAUGAAAAGCAUUUGUUUUUAUUGAAAGAAAAUGUGGUUCCGUCUGAGUAGGAUUUUUCCUCCUAUGGUUCUCUUGAUAGGUUAUCUACUAACCUGUCAGGAUACAGUUGCAGCACAUAGUAAGCUAACGGGAUUGCCUUCCCAGAGAAGAGUAAGAAGACAAGCUGGAACACCUGCUCCGAUUGAUUGUCGCCUAAGUCAGUGGUCAGGAUGGACCAAAUGUUUUCCUUGUCAAGAAAAAAAACACAGAUACAGAACUUUGCAACACCCAGCCAAAUACAAAGGGAGCAUAUGUACUGGCCAUCUUUGGGAUGAAGUUGCAUGCCAGCCAACAGGAACAUGUGUUGUGAACCAAAACUGUGGAACUGAUUUUCGGUGUGAAGAGAGUGGUCGCUGUAUUAAACGCCACCUUGUUUGCAAUGGAGAGCCAGACUGUAGAGAUGAAUCGGAUGAGGCAAAUUGUGAGGAUACGGAAAGAUAUUGUGAUGAUCUGGAUCCAGUCCCAGGAAUUGAAAAAGUAGCACAGGGGUAUAAUAUCCUUACGCAAAAAGAGGCACAGAUAGUAUAUGAUCCUACUUACUAUGGGGGCCAGUGUGAAUCUGUCUAUAAUGGAGAAUGGCGAGACCUGAAGUAUGAUGCAUCAUGUGAACGUCUGUAUUAUGGGGAUGAUGAGAAAUAUUUUCGAAAGCCAUAUAACAUCCACUUCUAUCAGUUUCUUGCACAUGCUGAUUCUGGCUUUUCUUCAGAGUAUUUUGAUGAUGCCAAAGGUAUACUGGAUGCCCUUAAGAAAGACUCCUUUCGAAGUUAUGGCUUAACAGUUGGCAUAGGCCCCAGCAACAUUCCUGUGUCUGCAAAUGUAGGCUUUAGCUUAUCAAAGGGCCAGGGGACCCUGAAAAACUUUACCCAAUACACAGCAAAGAAUGUUGGAUUUAUUCGAGCUGUUACCAAAGUGCAGACAGCCCGUUUCAAGAUGAGAAGAGAUGACAUCGUUCUGGAGGAAGAGAUGCUUCAGUCUCUGAUGGAGCUUCCAGAUCAGUACAACUAUGGAAUGUAUGCCAGAUUUAUUAAUGAGUAUGGCACUCAUUUUGUGACAUCUGGGACCAUGGGAGGCAUCUUUGAAUACAUUCUUGUGGUCAACAAGGACGAAAUGAGGAAAAGAGAAGUGACAAGGGACUCUGUAAGCUCCUGUUUUGGAGCCUCGGUAGGCUUGGGCCUUACAGGUGAUGCUUUAGGCAUAACAGUAGAUGCCACUGUGAAGUGGUCCUUCAAUGACUGUUCAAAGAGUGGAAGCCAAUCCACAGACGCUCACAAUCAAAAGUCACUCAUCGAGGAUAUUAUUCCCCGGGUUCGAGGUGGAGAUGCAGCAUCAAUUGGAAGGCUCAUGGGAAGCUGGAAUGCCAAUGCAUACCGUUACUGGGGGAGGUCAUUAAAACUUAAUCCCACCGUUAUUGAUUUUGAGCUGCAGCCCAUAACUGAAAUACUGCGCAGAACUAAUCUUGCCCAUGUCGAAGCCAAAAGGCAAAACAUGAGGAGAGCUUUGGAUGAAUACUUAAUAGAGUUCAAUGCCUGUCGCUGUAGUCCGUGCCAGAACAAUGGUGAACCGGUGCUGAUAGGGUCCUCCUGUGUUUGUGAGUGCCAGCAGGGUUCAUGGGGCCCAGCGUGUGAGAACACAAGACAGACGGGUCAUCCAAUAGAUAGUAAUUGGAGUUGCUGGACGCCAUCGACUCCCUGCCAAGCUGGGUCUAGAAGGCGCACAAGACAGUGUAUAAACCCAGCUCCUCAAAAUAGUGGAACAAUGUGUGCGGGAAGGAGUGUACAAACAGAGGCAUGCUAACAUCUUGCCAUGAAUGGGUGAAUGGGUCAUGUGGCCAGAGAGGGAAAUGUAGAUGUGAGUUCUGAAGCAUGCAUAGCAAAAAACAUUGGACCAUGCAUAUCUAUGAUAAAGUCAGAAGAAGUGCCCAACAGGGUGAAUAAAAAGAAAAAUUAAUGGGGACUACCUGCUUAGGGACUAACUGCAUGAGUAUGGCAACUAUGGCGGCUAUCCUAGUUAUAAUGCAUAAGGCUGUAAUGAAAAUAUAGUUUUGCUGUCUAAAUGGAAAGGAAGUGCAGUGAGUAUUGCUGGCCUGUAACACCACAGAUUGACACCUCACCCUCCACAUGUAUAUUCAGUGUGUGGAGCAGCACUGAGUGUUCAUGAGCUGUCUCAGGGUUAUGGUGGUGCAGUUCCUUCCACCACGAGACCUGCUGGCAACUGAAUCACUUUCACUGAACCAUGCUUAGUGCAUUUUGCCAGUGGUAAGCAUGGGAUGAAUUAGGAAUUGCAUGGAAGAGGAAGAAGUUGCACAACCAUUUCACUGCAAGGCCAAGUUUGCCUGGAUACAACCUGAACUGGCCCUGUGGUUCUUGUGCAUGUAUAUAUAUAUCAGUGUAAAUUUCAUGGCUGACUCAUGUAACCCCUUUGGUCCUUUUUUUUUUUUUUUUUUGCACCUACGAUCUGAUGGUUUCAGCAUUCUACCAAAGGCCCACUUUCACAAAUGGUAUGAAUUAGCUUUACAAUAUUGUGCUAAAUAGGGAGCUCAUGAACGUAACACCUCCAUUUUCCAUCUGUAGCAACAAGAAAGUUACCAUGGAUGGGAGAAAAAGGUUCCAUGUUUGGUCAUGUGAUGAUUGGGUCCUCACAGUCGCCAAAGACUGUCUAUUAAAGGCCUGAAUCCUGUGAGGACACUUUGAUGUGGCAUUCCCUUCUCAUCCUCUCAACAGGCAUAUAUUUGAGGCUCAGUAUAACAAUCGCAAUCCCUGAGCUGAUCGUACUGCUUCCUUUCCUCAGCUUAAGUGAACAAAUUUUUAAAACAAAGCAGUCAUCCUUAUACAGUGAUAUCACUCAGUUUGACUAAUACGGCACCCUUAUAUCUUAUGCUUCUUCUGAGCACCAUUUAUUCCACUUGGAUAGUCUUUCCAGGCAAUUAGUCGCCUAAGUCUUCGGUCCCAGAAGGCAGCCAUAGCUUUCUUUUUUUAAACACACACACACACACAAAAUACUUUGGUGCAAGACAUUUGUAAGCCAUAGAAUCACACAAUCAUUUGGUCCAGAAUUCAGAGUAACUGUUUUGGCAGUCACAUUCUGUAAAUUCCUCAGAUCUAGUUCUGAACCUUUGGCAGUAGACAUGCAUUUAUUUAAAGAAAGUGGAUCAUUCUGAAUUAUUAGAAAAUAUAAAAAAUAAAAGCAUUAAAAAACA